UUUAUUUUUUUUUAUUACUUUCCAAGCUAUCUCGAUCUAGUAUUUACUUCCUCGUUUAGAUAAAACCCUUACUAUUUAAAAUUAAAGCACGGAAAUUGCAAAAAUCAACUUAAAAAAUUACCGGUCUCAAUCAAUACAAUGAACUGUAUAUCGAACGCCGUACUUCGUGAAAAAAAUUAAUAAUUGUAAUUUUGUCCUUUUUCGUGCAUUACUUCGAUAAACAACUCUAUUAUGAACUAAUAUAUCGAACAACAAAAAAAUAUAGAAAAGAUAUACUAAUCCAGGAAAGAAUUAAACCAUCAUUAAAUUCCACAAAAAGUGAAAAGUAUUUGGACAAAACUCUUGUCGUGUACUUCCCUAGUGUAUAAUUAUCAGAAAAACGCUCCAUUUUAAUUCAAAAGACCUCAAUUAACCGAACCACAUUUUUUCCCAAAAUUCUCACAUAAAUAAGUGAUAUUGUAGCUAAUUACAACCACAUUAGCAACAAAUAAAUUAAGUAAGAAAUAUCCAUUUCACGCAAACUUUAUCUCGCGGCUAUUUCGAGCAUCACAACGCGGAAAAUACGAAAACAUCAAGGAUGUAGCAUAAAGAGGACAAUUGUGGUCGUUUAAUUACAAAUAAUUUCGAAUAAAUUGUGUGAAUAUUUUUCUAGGGUCAAUACCUGAAUUGAUCUAUUGUGUGGCUUUUGAAGGGACAAUGGCUUCUGUCAAACCUAUGUUCAAGAACAAAUUGCAAAAUCUUCUCCAUUCAUCAAAAGUUAAUUCUAAACAUAUGAUUUUGCAUGAGAUACUGUAAUUAUUCGUAUGUGAACAAGCAAGUGCUUCGCUUUUGAAGGCUGACGCAAUUAGACGAACAAAGAGCAAAGUUUUUUCGAAAAAUGCAAAUGCAAACGGCGCUACUAAUUGAUUAAUUCGCCAAUUAAUUAACGAAAUGCAAGGACAAGUGAUCAAAUUUUCAUUUUAAAGCGGGUUUAGUCAUAAAUGGACCAUUAUUAUGCGAUAAAUCAUCGCUUAUUAAAUGAAUACACUUGUCACGUAAUAAUGAGUAACGCAGGGCAAUUAGGUGUUGAUGUAUAAGUACAGCAAAGGUCAAAAAUCACGUUAUUAACGAGUUUUGCGCUUCGAAAACAAUAACAAUAAUAAUAACGGUGUCUGUAGAAUAGAUAAAUAUCAAUAAAUUAAACUAAAGAUAACAAUACAUUAGAGAAAUAUGAAUUUGCAUGAUGUGAGAGUGAAAUCAAAAGUUUUUUUAAAUAGAGCAGACAUUUAAAUCGUCUAGACAAUAGAAUACGUAUUAUGGGAAAAUGUUAGGUGAGAACAAAUUUCGAGCAAAGAAAGUACGGCGAUGGCGAAAAAUCGAAUCUCUAGAUUUGCGAAAUAAGUUAAAAUUAAAAAAAAUAAGACAUUUUUUUUAUUCAAUUUCAAAUUCAAAGAUAUCGAAAUAAGUUAAAUGGCACUGCAAAUGGGAAGUCAAAGUGUACGUUUUAAAAUUAUUUUGCCCUAUACAGGGUGUCUCUAUUUUACAGUGCAGCCUUUAACAUAGUUUUUUUAAAUGGCACCCCCUGUAUAUUUGUACAUGUUUAAAUGUACAUUUUUUGGGCGUUAUAAAUAAUUUAUGAAAAACUAACUGAACAUUUUCAAAAAUGAUAGAUUUUUAUUAUUACGACACUCGCCUACGGCUCGUGUACUUGUACUCGGGCCUUAAAAGCUAUUAGACGAGACUUGCAUACAUAAUUUUUUCUAUGACCGGCCGGUUGUAAUAAAAAUUACAUUUUUUUUAAAUGUCAAGCUACUGUCAAAUGCUCAAAGCCACCUAAUAAAAUAAAAUAACGUAAAGUAUUCUUGGUAUAAAUGGUCUUUAAAAUUAAAUACCUCAAGUGUAGUUUGUUUUCAUGUAUGUAAAUUAUUAUUUCCUUUAGGAGGACACCUCCAUUGAGCAGGCAAAAAGCAUAUCGCUGUCGCUGUCCGCUUAUUGGAGAUUUUACUGUAAAAUCUGGUCCCAAAUUGAAUUUCACUGACUUUUGAAUUUUUUUUUAUUUUUUUAAUACUUAAUCAAACGUACAAAUGCUGCAUAAUUAGCGUUUUUUUAAUAAAAGUGUAAUCGAAAUAUUCAAAUACAGGGUUAGUCAUUAAUAUGGGCGUGCUCGAUUGCACCGACACUGUCAAAAAUAUUGAAAUGAAUCAAAUGGCACUGCAAAUAGGAAGUCAAACUGCACGUUCUAAAAUUAUUAUGCUCUCUACAGGGUGUUUCAUUUUUACAGAGCAGCCUCUAACAUAGUUUUUUUAAAUGGCAUUCCCUGUAUAUUUGUACAUGUUUAAAUGUGCACUUUUUAGGCUUUAUAAAUCAGUUUAGUUUUUGCAAUUUACUUUAACCGUUCAGAAGUUAUUUAAUUUUUUCUACAAUUUAGUGCGUCUGCAGGCACAUUAUUAAAAAAUCGCAGUGGCCUUGGUUUUUUAGAUAUCAAGUUGGAACUUUGUCCGUACGUAAACAAAUGUCUGAGAUAUCUUUUGGUGAAAAGAUCACACAUUUGCAUUGUAGUAUCACCUUGCUGAGACACAUUCAUUUUGGUAAAUUUUGAAGGACCAUAACUUGAUUUUUUUAAAUAGCAUUUCCUGCAUUUUAUUACUAAUUAUUAUUCAGCGUCUCAUUUUACAUCUUUUUUACCUCUUUAGUUUUUUCCAAAAGUUGAUGGUUAAAGAAAUAAUUCGGUUUUUUGAAAAAUGCACACAAAAUUUCUUGUAUACUAAUGUAGCGUGCUAUGAAAAACAAUACAUUUUGACAUAAUAAUGUCAAAAUGGCAUUCAUAGUACGUCACGUUUUGAUUUUUCACGUAAAAUACCUAGGAAUCUCAUCUAGACAUAAAUUUUAUUAAAAUUUUGAAAAGAAAUUAUUAAAUAAAAAUGACAAAAAUUUACAAUGAAGAAAUAAAAAAAUAAAAAACCGAGGUAUAGCAAAUCAACAGUAAAAAAAAUAGGUAAACGGGAAAAAGUAAGGAAGAGUAAAACAAAAUUAGAUAAAAAGAAAACAAAACAAAAAAAUAAAAAAAUAAAAAAGCAAAACAAAAAAAAUAACAGAAAACAGAAGAAUACACAUAACUAAGAAAAAUAAAUAAAAAAGUAGCUUAAAUAAAUAAUUAAAAGAAUAAUUUACUUAAAUUAUGUUUGAUUUUUAAAAUAUGGCAUUCUUUAGUUAAUAAUUCUUCAAUAGAUUUGUUUAUUGGAGUCGUAAGGUUUCAAAUAAGAACAAAAAAUUAAAAUUAGCCAUCUGGACUUGUUUCCAAGCCAAUAAAAAUUUCAAAAACUCUAAUUACAGCUGUAAAAGAAGCGCAAACUUUUAAUUGCUUCUGGUCAAUAAUUAGGUCAAACUUAAUAACUCCCCCCAAGUCUUAUAAAAACCCUCAACACCUCAAACUCGUCAUUUCCUCAAAAUGUCCGACCAUUUCCGCUACGUCUCCACCAUUUUCAAACUGAGCGGUUACCUCCCGUCCCUCAAAACCCUCAAAACAAAAAUCCUCAAAUACGUCUUUUCCCCAAUCAUGUUCACUCUAAUAACCUUCAUUAUCUACAACUUUCGCUACAUGCACCAUGAUAUUUUCGAAAUUGCACGAACUUGUGAAGCUCUAUCAACCCAUGGACACGUUUUUGGACGCAAACUUGCAGUCCUCAAGCAUGCAAAUUUGAUCGAACAAGUGAUCAACGAUCGGAAUUUUUUUUGGAGUUAUGAGAAAUUUGGCGAAAAGUUGGGCCAAAGGUUUCGGCAAAAAUUAUUUUUCCGAGACUAUGUCAUGAAAAGUUUGAGUGCAAUGAGUGUUUUAAUGUUGGCCUAUUUUUAUCUAACUCCUGUUUUUGUGAGAAGUGUUAAUUUACCGCAAGCUUCAUGGGUCCCACAAUUUUCGCACGCCACUGCUUUGGUCUACUUUUGCCAAGUCGUGUGUCUAUCAGAGAGCAUCCCAGUGGCGGUGAUCAUAGACGGGACGUUUCUCCUCAUGGGCGCCGAGCUGGAAAUUCAGUUCAAUCUCCUGAAAAAAACCUUAAAAGCGGUGGAAAUUGGGCAAAAUUCGGGCCAAAAACACGAGGAAAAAUGUCUAAAACAACUAAAAAUUUGUGCCUCCUAUCACGAUUUUUUGCUCAAGGAACACGUGAAGAUGAAGACAAUUUUUUCCGAAUUUUUCCUUCUCCAGUACUUGCUCUCAAUCGAAGGGCUGUGUAUUGAACUUUUCGUGGUCAAUAAGGCCCAAACUUGGGGCCAGUUUGCCCUAGGGGCCAUUUACGUCGUGGGGAUUAUCAUGCAAAGCUCUUUUACUUUUCUUUCAGCCAGUAAUCUCGAAAUUGAAGCUGAAAGCUUAGCUGACUCGAUUUACGACGUCGAUUGGUAUAACGCCAAAGAUCCCCGCAUCCGGAAACACAUUUUAUUCAUGUUGAUGAAAGCCCAAGAACCGCUCCGGCUAACCGGAGCCGGUUUAUUCGACGUUAACCGGAACAUGUUACUCCAG